CGACUCUCCAUUGGCUCUCUCACCCAACAACGUCGUUGAUAUUCCUUGUCAUUUUCCUCCUUCAAAACAGCCGAUAGGAGAAGGAAUAUGGUAACUUAUAACCUGAAAAAGAUUCAAACAGUUCCUGGAGCAAAGGAACUCAUCGACAUUGUGUUGUCCAAAACCCAAAGAAAGACCCCUACAGUUAUUCAUCGUCACUAUGCUAUUUCCCGCAUUCGUCAGUUUUACAUGCGCAAAAUCAAGUUUGCUCAACAAACUUUUCACGAUAAACUUUCUCAAAUAUUACAAGACUUUCCUAAAGUUGACGAAAUUCAUCCCUUUUAUGCAGAUUUGUUGAACGUAUUGUACGAUAGGGACCACUACAAGUUAGCACUUGGUCAGUUAUCCAAGGCUAGGAGCUUGAUAGACAAUUUGAGCAAAGAAUAUUUACGUUUAUUGAAAUACGGUGAUUCGCUUUACCGUUGUAAGAUGUUGAAAAGAGCAGCGGUGGGUCGAAUGUGUACUAUUGUCAAGCGACUUGCGUCUUCGUUUGGUUAUUUAGAACGAGUGCGACAACAUAUGGCACGUCUACCCAGCAUUGAUCCUCAUAUGCGUUGUUUGAUUAUCGCAGGUUAUCCCAACGUUGGCAAGUCUUCCUUUAUGAACUUGAUAACCAGAGCCAACGUGGAUGUACAACCUUAUCCUUUUACUACCAAGUCACUGUAUGUAGGACAUAUGGAUUAUCGUUAUUUACGUUGGCAAGUGAUCGACACACCAGGUAUCUUAGAUAAGCCAUUGGAAGAAAGAAACACUAUUGAAAUGCAGUCCAUUACUGCAUUGGCUCAUUUACGAGCAACGAUAUUGUUCUUUUUGGAUCCAUCCGAACACUGUGGAUUUAGUUGGGAACAACAGAUAGGUCUAUUUCAUUCUUUAGAACCUUUGUUUGUGGAAAAGCCUUUGCUCAUUGUAUGUAACAAAACCGAUUUACCUUGGCAGUCACAAGUAGAAGAACAAUUGAAUGCAUUGGUUCGACAAGAGUCCAAUCACAGCAAUAGUUUGGAUAAGCCAGUAUUGGCAGAUGGUUGGAUGAAAAUGUCUACUUUGGAAAAAACGGGAGUUGUAGAAGUAAGGAAUACGGCAUGUGAUUUAUUGUUAAGUCAACGAGUGGAAUCCAAAGUAAAGGGGCCUAGAGCACAAAGUAUAUUGAAUAGGUUGCAUGUUGCUGUACCAGCUAGCAUGACUCAUACAAGUUGUGAUGAUCAGAAAGAAGAAGAAUCACAAGGACUAUGUCGUCCAUUUAUUCCCGAGUCAGUAUGGAAAAAGAAACAAGAGAAUAAAACAAUGGAAGAGGAGGAGAAGGAACCCUCAGAAGAGGAUCAUAGAAAGGAUUCUCAAAAGAUUUUGGAAAAGGACCUAGAAAUGGCACAUGGAGGUGCGGGAGUAUACUCGAGUGAUUGGAAUAAGCAUUAUUUAUUAAGAGACGAUUCAUGGAAAUAUGAUAUUAUGCCUGAAAUCGUAGAAGGACAUAAUAUACUUGACUUUAUAGAUACGGAUAUUGAUGAAAGACUGGCAGCAUUGGAAGAAGAAGAGGUUGCUAGGGAAGCUAUGAGUGAGAAUGAUGAAAUGGAAGGAUUAGACGAAGAGAGUCAACAACGUUUACAACGAAUUCGAGAUAAGAAGGUGUUAUUGAUUCGUGGACGUUCUAAACAGAGGAAUCCAAUUGGAGCGAAUAAGAUGACGAAAGCACAUCCUAAAAGCAGUCAAGAAUGGAGAAAGCAAUGGUUAGAAAUGGGAAUGGAUAAAGAACGAGUAGAUAUGACAACCAAACAGAUUUUAUCUCAUCGUUCUCAAUCUCGUGAACCUUCUAAGCCACGUUCUCAAAGUCGUUCGACAAGUACUUAUCGAUGGAAUCAAACCAAAGCAGAAGCAGGAAAAGGUUUUGUUAAUCAUCAACAGAAACAAAAGGCUUUGCACUUGGCACGAAAGACGUAAAGGAGAAGCUGAUAGAACGAU